UCACCUGGUCACUCCGUGGAGGUGGAAGGCUUCAUUCCAGAAGAUUGUAAAGUGUUUGCCAUAAACUUGGGAACAGAUGGGAAGAAUUUUGUGCUACACUUUAAUCCUCGAUUUGACCAUCUUGGAGUCAAGGGCAUGUUAAUCUUGAACUCAAAGGUGGACAAUGUCUGGGGACAAGAGCAAAGGGAAAGCUUCUUCCCCUUCCAGGAGGGAUUAGGGAUGUCUUCAAUUUACAAGCCAACCUCAAUGCUCUGUGUAAUUGGGCAACUAUGUGGCAAAUGA